GUAGUCCGGCGGGGCUGGCGGCGCCAUGGCGGCGGCCGGGACCCCCGCGGGCGGCGCGGGGCGCUCGAAGGUGGCUCCGAGCGUAGACUUCGACCACAGCUGCUCGGACAGCGUCGAGUACCUCACCCUCAACUUCGGGCCCUUCGAGACGGUGCACCGCUGGCGCCGCCUCCCGCCCUGCGAUGAGUUCGUGGGUGCCCGGCGCAGCAAACACACCGUGGUGGCCUACCGGGACGCCAUCUACGUGUUCGGCGGGGACAACGGGAAGACGAUGCUGAACGACCUGCUGCGCUUCGACGUGAAGGACUGCUCGUGGUGCAGGGCUUUUACCACGGGGACCCCACCUGCACCGCGGUAUCACCACUCAGCUGUGGUCUACGGGAGCAGCAUGUUUGUGUUCGGUGGUUACACUGGAGACAUUUAUUCCAAUUCCAACCUGAAGAAUAAAAACGAUCUCUUUGAAUAUAAGUUUGCAACUGGACAGUGGACAGAGUGGAAGACUGAAGGAAGGCUGCCUGUGGCGAGGUCGGCUCACGGUGCGACGGUGUACAGCGAGAAGCUGUGGAUCUUUGCGGGAUAUGACGGCAACGCGCGGUUAAACGAUAUGUGGACAAUUGGCCUCCAGGACAGAGAGCUAACGUGUUGGGAAGAGAUCGAGCAGAGCGGUGAGAUCCCUCCUUCCUGCUGCAAUUUUCCCGUGGCUGUGUGCAAGGACAAGAUGUUCGUCUUCUCGGGGCAGAGCGGAGCGAAGAUCACCAACAAUCUCUUUCAGUUUGAAUUCAAGGAAAAAAUAUGGACGCGGAUCCCCACUGAGCACCUCCUGCGGGGUUCCCCCCCCCCUCCCCAGCGCCGCUAUGGUCACACCAUGGUUGCGUUUGACCGACACCUCUACGUGUUCGGCGGCGCCGCGGACAACACACUGCCCAACGAGCUGCACUGCUAUGAUGUGGACUCACAGACGUGGGAGGUUAUCCAGCCCAGCCCCGACAGCGAGUUGCCCAGCGGGCGGCUCUUCCACGCUGCAGCCGUUAUCUCAGAUGCAAUGUACAUCUUUGGUGGGACGGUGGACAACAACAUCCGCAGCGGGGAGAUGUACAGAUUCCAGUUUUCCUGUUACCCGAAAUGCACUCUGCAUGAAGAUUAUGGAAGGCUGUGGGAAAACAGGCAGUUCAGUGACUUGGAGUUUGUUUUGGGAGAGAAGGAAGAGCGGGUCCGAGGACACACUGCCAUUGUGACAGCCCGCUGCAAGUGGCUGAAAAAGAAAAUCAUGCAGGCGAGGGAGAGGCUGAAACAGAAAUCAAAGCAAGAUAUUGAAGAUGAGGGACAGGCGGUGUGUCAGAAGGACGGCAUUGGUGGGAAUGUCAAACUGUGCCGCCUGCAGCCGCUGCUGGAAGUGCCCAUCCGGGAGGCUGAGGCUCAGCCCUUCGAGGUGCUCAUGCAGUUUCUGUACACGGAUAAAAUAAAAUACCCUCGCAAAGGCCAUGUGCAGGAUGUGUUGCUCAUUAUGGAUGUGUACAAACUGGCCUUAAACUUCAAGCUCUCUCGCCUGGAACAGCUCUGCCUUCAGUACAUUGAAGCAUCUGUGGACCUACAGAAUGUGCUCAUUGUGUGUGAAAAUGCUAACAAGCUUCAGCUGGAUCAGCUAAAGGAACACUGCCUGAACUUUGUGGUGAAAGAAUCACAUUUUAAUCAGGUAAUAAUGAUGAAGGAGUUUGAGCAUCUUUCUUCAUCCCUCAUAGUGGAGAUUGUCCGGAGGAAGCAGCAGCCUCCUGUUCGAACGCAUUCCGAUCAGCCGCUCGACAUCGGAACAUCUUUAAUUCAGGACAUGAAGGCUUACCUGGAAGGAGCUGGGAUUGAAUUCUGUGAUAUCAUCCUUCUCUUGGACGGCCACCCACGGCCAGCACACAAAGCCAUCCUCGCAGCCCGCUCCAGUUACUUUGAAGCCAUGUUCCGUUCUUUCAUGCCAGAAGAUGGGCAAGUGAAUAUUUCUAUAGGUGAAAUGGUUCCCAGCAAACAAGCAUUUGAAUCCAUGCUGAGAUAUAUUUAUUAUGGAGAAGUAAACAUGCCUCCUGAAGACUCCCUCUACCUCUUUGCUGCACCUUACUAUUACGGCUUCUCCAACAACAGGCUGCAAGCAUACUGCAAGCAGAAUCUGGAAAUGAAUGUUACGGUGGAGAACGUGCUCCAGAUUUUGGAGGCAGCUGACAAGACCCAGGCCCUGGACAUGAAGAGGCACUGCCUGCACAUCAUUGUUCACCAGUUCACCAAGGACAGUAUUCAUCAAAAUGUGGCUGGAAGGCUGUCAAGCAGAUGUGCAAGAAAUGGUCUCCAAGUUGCCAAACCUCCGCUCCCUGAGUCAGCCACUCCUCCUUGACAUCAUAGAGUCGUUAGCUAACCACAUCUCAGACAAGCAGUGCGCAGAGCUGGGCUCAGACAUUUGACUUGCUUUGAUAAUAAUGGGACUUCCCGUUCCUUCCUCAAAAAGAGCCGUACCACUCUGUGGCUGCUUUUACUCCUCUGCCAUUCCGUGCUGAGCUGCUCGCAGUGCCCCGCAGGGCAGCAGGCAGUCAGGAGGAGCGCGGGCAGCCGGCACUGCGCGGAUGUGCUUGGUUUGUACCUCCGUGGAGAAGGCUUUGGUUUGGUCUCUGCUACGCAGAUGUAACGCUGAAACCAUUAAGGAGAUGAAUCCAUCCCAGGUGGUUCUGAGGGCUUUCCCGACCCCACUGUUACUUUCGUAGUGUGAAAGCAGCCCUGAGCAAAAGAGUCAUUCCUAUGUUGAAGUAUUUCAAACAAGCAGUGUUAAACAACCUUCAGCUGAAACAGCCGUGGGCUGCAAGUGGCAGUCAGGCAUAACGCAAGUGGAAGCAGAGCCGUGGUUUCAGCAGGGCUGCUGAUGUUGGACCAGGAUGGAGUGACUUUUUUGGGACUCCCCGUGGCGUGGAUUAAAAGCUAAGCCCUAUUGCAACUGCCUUGAUUGGUGGGCUGCAGGAAGCGCAGGCCUAUGCUCUGCUGCAGGUCAAACUAGAAGAUUACGGUCCUUUCUGACCAUCAAAUCCAUUAAUCCUAUCUCACUAAGCCUUUCUAAAUCAAUAUAUUAAUAAAGAGUUAACGUCUCCUGCCUGCAUUA